AUGGCAUUGAUUGAAUCAAAAAGUAAUUGUGAAAUUUUAAGACACGAUGGUCAUAUGUACAUUUUCGAUAAGUUAAGUGCGAAUGGUCAAGUUAAAUUUUGGAGAUGUCGAAGAAAAGAUAUUUGUCCAGCAAGGGUGCAUACUUCAUUAGAUAAUUUAGAGAUUAUCAAACUUCCUACAAAAGAACACACCCACGAUUCUGAAUCUAUAGAAAUCGAAGCUGAAAUUGUAGUCACUAAAAUGAAAAGACGGGCAAUUAAAACGAUGGAGACAAUUCUACUAUAA